CAUCAUAUGAGUGAAAACCACAUUAAAACAUUCCAAAAAAUCUCCUGUCUACAUUUUUAUAUUUAUCCCCCAAAUAAAAAUUAAAGGUUAUCGCCUGUUUCUAACUGGUUUACCAUCAAUAAUUCCAUCAACUUCACAUUAAUAAAGUUUUAGAUUUCGAAUGUUUUCGUUUUGCUUCCUAACCCCCCGAUAACCGCAACAAAUAACAACAGUACACAUACCAAAUAACGAAUUUACUGAUAAUGUAGUUUAAUUAUCAAUUUCAAGCGGAAAAAUAUGCAAAAUCGUAACUAUCGAAGAUGAUCUUAUUCAGAUUAUUGAGGACCUCGGAAGUUUUUCGGUUCAAACAUUGUUAUCCCUUGUAUCAAAUCUCUAAACUUAAAGGAAACAGAAAUCUACGAAUAAAUAUUACGGAAAGUUAUGAAAGAACGAAGAAAGAAAGAUUCGAUACGGAUUUUCCGAUACAUUUUUCAAUUAUCAGUAUAGCUGCGGGUAUCGUAUUUUGCGACAUUGAAAUUUUAGAAAGGGAUGAGAAAAGGUUUUUUAAAUCUUGCUUCUUUGGCCUCAGUCACGAAGUUCAGAAGUUGAUUAAAAAAGGAAUCGAUAUUAAUAAAAGACAUCAUUUAGGUUGGACUCCUUUAUUAGUAGCAGCAGUUAAUGGUCGUUAUGAGGUUGUUGAAUGCUUAUUACAAGCUGGGGCAGAUCCCAAUCUAUCUGAUGAGUAUAUUAAUCCUAAUCGGACUGCCAAUGAGAAAGGAAUGCAUCCACUAGAAGUUCUAAUGAUUAGAGAUGAAGAAUUUUCAAACGCUUUGAAUAACAGAGCGACAUUUUUGGGUUUUACACCACUACAUUAUGCAGUUUUAACCGACAAUUUUGAUGUCGUUAAAUUACUUGUGAAAAACGGCGCUAAUCCUACAUUAGAAAACGACGCUGGCCAUUCACCAUUGAUGUACGCCAAAGAUGAAGAGAUUAAACAAUAUUUAGACAAGGAAAUUAAAGUUUACGAAGAAAAAAAAACUGAAAAAGAACUAGAAGAAAGAAGACGAUUUCCUCUCGAAGAACGGCUGAAGAAACACAUUGUCGGUCAAGAAGGAGCUAUUGCAAUCGUGGCAGCGACUGUUCGUCGUAAAGAAAACGGUUGGGCAGAUGACGAUCAUCCGCUAGUAUUUUUAUUUUUGGGUUCUUCUGGUAUAGGUAAAACCGAACUAGCCAAGCAAUUAGCAUCUUACAUGCACAAAGGAAAACAACAGGCUUUCAUCAGAUUAGACAUGUCAGAAUAUCAGGAAAAACAUGAAGUAGCCAAACUAAUUGGAGCCCCUCCAGGUUAUAUAGGACACGACGAGGGAGGACAGUUGACGAAAAAGUUAAAAAAAUGUCCUGAUGCUGUCGUGUUGUUCGAUGAAGUGGACAAAGCUCAUCCUGACGUUCUGACUGUAUUAUUACAACUAUUUGAUGAAGGAAGAUUGACUGAUGGCCAGGGGAAAACCAUAGAAUGUAAAGACGCCAUUUUUAUAAUGACUUCCAAUUUGGCCAGCGACGAAAUAGCCAAUCACGGUUUAAACUUGAGACACGAAGUCGAGAAGCUUAAACAGGAACGGUUGACCGUUCCCGAUUCGAAAGAAGGAGAGCAAAAAAUAAGCGAUACAAUAACUAUUUCGAGAAAAUUCAAAGACGAGGUGGUGAAACCGAUUUUGAAACGACAUUUCAAACGGGACGAAUUUCUGGGAAGAAUAAACGAGAUCGUGUACUUUUUGCCAUUUUCCAGGAACGAACUCAUACAGCUAGUGACAAGGGAAAUGCAAACCUGGGCUAAAAGGGCCAAAGACAAACACAAAAUCGAAAUCAGCUGGGACAGGAGCGUCGAAUCGGCUCUGGCCGACGGGUACGACGUCAGUUACGGCGCCAGAUCUAUAAAGUACGAGGUGGAGCGUCGGGUGGUGAACCAAUUAGCCGCUGCUCACGAAAAGGGGUUUAUCGGUAAAGGUUGCGAGGUGCAAGUGUGCGCUUUUUGGCCGGAAAACGCGGACGCUGCUGAAAUUAAGUUGAAGAUCAGGAAGAAAGGUUUGGAGGACUAUAUCGAUUUCGAUCACGCCAAGGUGUCGUUGAAGAAUUUUGCUUCCAUGUUUAAAUGAUUUGUCUGUUUUUAUGAUUCAGUAAUAUAUUAUUAUAUGCAACGUAUCUGAAUCGUUGAUGUGUUGUUGCAGACAAUUACCAUAUUAGUUUAAAUUAAUGUAGUUAGAAAUAAAUCGCUUAAUUCGCUUAAUUGUCAUAGUUAAUUGAUAAUAAACAGAUAGUUGUCAAAGUAUAUUUUCGCUAUAAUAUAGAAUAUUUAACAUUGUUUUCGAUUCGGCUCGAAGGACCAAAAACUAUGUUAAAUAUUUUGUAUUAGAGAAAAAUAUACUUCAUACUUUGACAAUUAUAUUUUUAUUACUUAAACUAAUAGAGUGAUUUUCUGUAACUAGUUUGGAUUUUUGGGUGUGUAGAGUGGAUGUGAUGAACUAAUUUAAUAAUAUGUAUAUUUUUAUCGUCCUUUAAUGAAAAGUUACUCUAAAUUUUAUCGAAUUAUUAUUUUACAUUAAUUUGUAAUUGGAUGAAACAAAGUAGACCUUAUGUAUUUUGAUGUGAUCUUUUCGAAAAAAAGCAAAAAAAAGAUGUAGCUGUUGUUCAAUUUUGUUUAAAUUAGGAAAAACCGGGGUUUCCAUGGUAAAAAUGCUAAUUAUCUAGGCAAGUAUCACCCCGAUAGUAAAAAUAAAUGCACCAAUCGAAAGAGGAGGCAAAAAUAGUUCGGAAAUUCAUUGCACAGGUAGUUUUAAUGGCAAAUUUCUCGCCGCCAGAAGUGCUUUUAUCAAAAAGUUGUUUUUUCGUUUCUUUGAUCAGAACCAUGGACAUGAAAUUUGCGAUGAAUUUGUUGCGAAAUUAUAAAUGUUAGACAUAUGUGCCCAUGAGAGAAGUAUACUUUAAAAAUGUUAGGAAAUUAAUCCUAAGCCUGAGUGUACGUUCCAACUUGGUGAUAAGCUUGUUUUUUGUUCUCUAAGAUAUAUAUGCAUGACAAAAAUCGUAUUUUCUAGUUACGUUCCGAAUGAGACGGGUUGGGUGGAGAAAUCUGCAAUACUUUUUGAAAAAAAUUGCAAAACAAUUUUUUCUUGAUUUCUCGUACUUUUUUCUUAAAUAACUCGAAAACUAAUUAUCUGAAUAAAGAAACUGUUUCCAUCAGAUGAAAGAGAAAAAAAGACACGAAAAACUGUGGGACAUACAUUUUUUCUAGAAUCCACUGUUUUCUGAGCGCACGUGUGCAAAGAUCGGUAAUUCUCGCGAGAAUUGAAGAUACUAGAAUUUUCUCGAGAAAAGGGGCGUUUUCUGGCAAUUGGGAGAGAAAGCAAGCUUGUUUCUCAUUAAACUUACUGAUUCUCAUAUAUUUUCAGUCUGUAAAGUGCCCAAAUUACGGAAAAAAUCGACAGUGAGCUUGUUUUUUCUCCAAUCGGAUUUAAGAGAAAACCACUCGUUUUACGAGCAAUUUUCUAAGCACAAAAAAUGCAUAGCUUUCGGUUAUAUUUCGAAUGUCAUAGGUCGCAUUGCAAAUCUGCAAGAGUUCGCGAAAACGUGGCAAUUUUUUUUUUUAAAUGUUUGCCCAAUUUUUUCUCUUUCGUUGAAUGAAUCGACAAGUCGUUGUUCGACUCAACUAAAUUUCUCACCAUUUAAAAGAACACAGUAGAAUAUCUGGAAAACUCUGGCCUUUAUCUCAACGAGAACCUGAACAUUGACUUCUAGGAUGAAUGUCAAUAGAAAACAUUAUUUAUACAUUUUUCAGGUGUUGUUGGCAAUGCGCGCAAAUGGAAUGCAAGAUUUCGGUCUCGGUUUCUUGUGAAUCCCAAAUGAAGAGGAUUAACUGGCAGCACUGGUUCUAAAGAACUGAAAAAAUUAUCCCCCCUUUCUUUGCUGACCGUCUGCAGACCUUCCAAUCCUGUCGGUCUAAAUAGGUAAGUUCACCCUCUGCAAGUGUCUGAUGACAUAAUAAACACAGGCCAGCCAUUACAACCUGGAAACAAAAAAAAAUUAUAGCACUGGGAUUGAAUUUUCUUAAUUUAGACGUACUUACUCAAUAAAUUGCUAAAGAAGUCCGAAAAACCACGUGACACAGAGCUUGCUGGACACGGUUAUUAAAAAUCUAUGCCGAUGAACACUAUCAAGCGAUUCAAUUUGUAGUAAUAUGACCGUUUAAAGUUUAAACUUGUCGGAUAGCGAACGCCGAGACCAUGGCUAUCCUUGAUGCGACGUGCGGCUAAUUUUGCGGUAAUUCUAUAUUUUGCACAAAACUCAAGAAACGUCUUAUAACAAGUCAGUAAAACACAAUUUAAUAAAUUUUAAGCCUAAUAAAUUUAGGUAUGUAAGAAAUUUAAAACUGGAAAUCGCAAAAAAAUCAAAUUACAGAAAUGCAGUGUAUACACGAGUUUUGGAUCCCGUUGAGCGCGUGUAAUGGGACUUUUGUCGGGAGAAUUCCACAACUUAGAAGAAACAUACACACUUUAAACUUUGUAUAUACAUUCAGAAGACAUGAAAUUGGGGUUUGCUCAAUUUUCAGACCAAAAAACUGAAAAUCGUCAAUUUUAGGCAACUUUUCCCAAAAACCGUGUUUUUUGGUCGUCAUUCAAUGAACAGUGGUCAAAAAAAUAGACAAAAUAUUUUUACAGAAUUUUCCUUAAUGUAAUCGUAUUCUAGACGCAAUAAAGUACUCAAAAAAAAAAAAGUUUUGGUCCAUUGGGUGCAUUUUUGUGACACUUCAAACUUUCGAAAAAAAAUUUAUUUUUUUUUUUUAGGGAAAAAAAUUUGUUUAUUUGAUAUCUUGGUCAAUUAUAGUCUGCUUUCGGUGAAAUUCACACACACAUAAGAUUUCACAUUCAAGAGUAAGUUCUGUAAGUGGCACUAAAUAAAUUCAAAUAGUUUGGCCGUUAUAGGCAAACAAUGAAAUUAGGCCCGCGGUACACUUUACCCUUCCGCCAUAUGCCCAAUUUUGGGAUUUCUCUUGCCCCCUUCUGGGAAUCAAUAGUCACAUCCCUUAAGUUUAAAACGCAUUUUUGUUUUUUCGAAUAUCUUAAUUUUUACCAAAGUUAUUAAGAAUUUAGUGUUUGAACAUUUAACAAAUUCAAUUUUUCGACCUUCGCCGCCUCAAAAUACUAAACAAAUUUCAAUCGUCCAUACCGCGAGAACGGUGGAUCGGAUCAAAAUUUCUCAAGAGACAUGAAAAUUAGCAUUUUUUCUAAGCUUUCAAAUGUCGUAAACUGCGUAUUGAAAAUAUUGAUUUAUUUCCGACAUGCGCCUGCGCAAAAUUUCGGCACUUUUGAAAAACAGCUACAUUUUAUUUUGCCUUUCUUCGAAAAGAUCAGCUCAAAAUACAUAGAAUCCAUUUUGUUUCAUCUAAUUACAAUUUAAUGUAAGCUCAAAACCCGUAAUUUAAUUCGAUUAUUAUCUUAAUCAGUUUUUUAUUGCUAUAGCAGUUGCAUUUGGAACUAUGGUCUGCAUAGUAAUCAUUCAUGUAACGAAUAUAUAUUUUUCGUUUUCCUCCUCCUUUUUUAGUUUCUUUGGCGUCAUCAUCAAAAUAAGUUAUUUUUUUCUGUUGAUAAACGAUUUCAAUUAUCUAAAUACUCUAAACCAUGAUGUAGAUUAAAGUGUAUUUAAAAUAGAAAUAAUAGCUGUGACUUAGAUAUGUAACCGUUUAAUUAGAAUAGAAAACUAACGUGUAUACUUGAAUAUCAAAGAAUUUUUACAGCACGUAGAAAAAUUGUGAUAAAAAUGCGCUGUGUUGAGAAAUAGAGUUGCCGUUAGAUAUUCAAAGUUGUUUUAUUUAUUGAACCAUUGAUGUUAGUAAAUACGGUAAGAAUUUAGACUAAUAAAGAGAAUAAACUGUGAAGUGUUUCUUUAUUAAUGAAUAUAGUUCACAACAAUGAUUUGGACAAUUUAAUAUGAUGAGGAUUACAAAAAAUAUCUGACAAAUAUAGCAGAAUCACAAAUAUUUUUGGCAAUUUAUGACAAAUAUUUGUUUGAAAACAGAAUUAUCUCUGUACAUCAAUCAGGUUUUCAAAAAGGUAUUAGUACUACUACAUCUCUAGCUAGUUUAUCAGACAUCUUGUCAUCAAUAGAUAAACAGAAAAUGUUCCUUUUGGUACUAGUGAACUUUUCAAAAGCAUUUGAUACUAUCAAUCACCGUUUGCUAAUGGCAAAAUGUUACUAUCUCUUAUCAAAAUGUUACCAAUUCUUAUGAGUACAAGUUAAUUUUAAUUAGUUUAUAAAAUUAUUUCUCAUAGUGCAAUAGUUAAUUUGAAUUUUAUUUUAACUGUAAAACAAAUCUGUUCUAGUUGAUCUAACAAAUUAGAGUUUAAACAUUACUUUUCAUUUUUGACCGACAACAAAAGGAUAUCCUUUAAAUUCUGUAAUAAUCAUUAAAGUUCGCAAGCCCUCUCACCAAGGCAAGGUUUCAAUCUAAGAGGAGGAAAAAGUGAAACUUAUUGACUAUUAAUUAUAUUGAAAUU